AUGAGUUUUCUCUUCAGCUCGAUUAAGAAUCUCACCGUCGGUGGAGCUGCGGCACCGAACGCGUCUGCCGCCACCGCCGCCACCACCCCGACCGCGGCCACCGUCAGCCCCAUCGUGAGCUGCUACCAAGAGUCGGAAGAAAUGCGUUUCAAUGCGUUAUCACCACCUCCACCUCCACCACCACCACCCUCGGCCUCCAGCUCCGACUACAAUCUCAGCAAAAAGAUGGGCGUGCCGGACACGCAGUCAGACUUCAACCAGUGGCUACACGCGAUGAAGAUGGUGGCCCGCCUGCCCGGCGGAAUGCCAUCCGAGUUCCGACGUAAGCUAUGGUUAGCCCUUGCCGAUCGUUACCUGAAGACACGAUCGCUCAACUGGGAGGAAGAGUCAACGAAAUGUCUAAGCGAACAGUCGGACGAGGAUGACGAGGAGUUGGGCAUCCAGAUCGUGAAGGAUCUACACCGGACGGGUUCGAGUCUGUGCUCCGGUCCGUCCGGGACGAUAAACCAGGGAAAACUGAAGCGGGUUCUGCUCGGUUACUCACGCUUCAACCCGGAGGUCGGCUACUGCCAGGGUUUCAACAUGCUGGGCGCCCUGAUCCUGCAGGUGAUGGACAAGAACGAGUCGGACUCGAUCAAGGUGAUGAUCCUGCUGAUCGAGGGGCUGCUGCCGGCGGGCUACUUCUGCGGAUCGCUCGGUGGCCUCCAGGCUGAUAUGGCCGUGUUCCGCGAUCUGCUCGGUACGCGCCUACCGAAGUUGGCUCGCCACCUGCAGAAACUACAGGGACCGGAGGGGGCGUUCGAACCACCGCUCACCAAUGUGUUCACCAUGCAGUGGUUCCUGACGCUGUUCUGCACCUGCCUGCCUAUACCGCUGGUACUGCGCGUUUGGGAUCUGAUACUGAUCGAAGGCAGUGAUGUGCUACUCCGGACCGCGCUAGCUAUCUGGGGAAUCUUAGAGAGCAAAAUCCUAGCCACGAAAACGGCGGAUGACUUCUACUGCCGGAUGGGGGCGCUCUCGUCGGAGCUGGUCAAUGGGAGUCUGGUGGACUCGAACGGGCUAAUACAACGGGUAGUAGACAUUGGACCAAUAGCAGACCUCGAAAAGCUGCGCGAAAAGCACCUAAACAGUAUUACUCAACUGAAGGAUUCUUCCAAUCUCAAGAUUUUCUACUCCGACGACGAAGGCGAAUCGGAUGAAGACUCUCGGCUGGCAGUGACGGCCACGGCCUGGGGAUUACGAUCCGGUAGGCGCGCAUCGCUCGGCAUACCACCGAACUUUGCACGUGCCGAAGGCAAGGAGAAGAUAAACCUGGACAUCUCCCUUCUGAAAAAGCAGUACGAUAAGCUGCGAGAACGGCAACGACAGGCACACAUCAUCCUAACCGCGGCCGUCGCCCGUCAACCGACCAAUCCUGCCCCGAACAGUGGCACGCUGCAGGUGAACCAGCUGCUCGUUGGCAAAAAUGCCCUACUCAGUGCGAAGGGUAAACGGUUGGGGCCACCACAGGGAGCGGUACCCCCGGUCCGGUCGUCAAAGUCAUCGAAACAGUCGAGCAAACAGGGAUCCCAGAGUGGACCAAAGUCUCCGAAGCCGGUGGAAACGCUACACUGGAAGGACAUGGACGAGACGAAGGCUCGCCGGAACAGUCUCAAGUGGAAAGAUCUGCCAAAAGAGUCGCCAUCGAAGAAGAGCACGCGUGACAUCGAUGCGCCGAAGAGUACCGAUUCACCAAAGUUGAAAAAGUCUUCAAGCGCGUCCUCCGCCAUCAGUAACCUCUCGGAGACGGGCAGCAGUGGAGGUGACGGAGGAUCGUCUGGCGCAAGGGCAGGUGCCCUGAAGCGCCGCAGUGAGUCGUCGUCCUACAGCGAAGAGUCGGACGCGGAGUCUAGCACCAGUACGUCACUGUGCGAUGACGACAAUCAACCUUUGAGUGCAUCCUCGCUGGAGGCAUCACCGAUGAAACGGCGACUAACGCCCGAAUCCAGCAUCCGCGAAGUGCCUGACGAGGAGCGGUUGAUUCUGAUCGUCCCCAGCGACAGUGAGCUGACGGACAUUAAAGAGGAACCAUCAUCCUGUGGCGAAGAAGAGGAUGUCGAGUUAAGUCGGGCGUCCGAACAGGACGAUCUCGUGCCGGUUGGCAGUGAGCUGAUCAGUCCAGCGUCGGAUCUCGACAGGAGACCGACUCCCGUGCCUCCCAUUCUUCAGGAGCCGGAGGAUAAAUCCCUCUCUAUAGCCAUCACUAGCACCAGCCAGCUGUCACCAAUCCCAGAUAUUACCAAGUACGUUAGCAUGUCCACGAUCAGCCCGCUCAAGACGCCGUCCUCGCUGAUGGAUUACUCGGACUACCUGGCGAAUAUACCAACCGACAGCACAGUGACUGUCGAACCCAGCAGGAGUGUCGCCAAGGUGGAGGCACAGGAUACGCCAGCGGCGUUCAAAGUCAGUGACGAAGGAGUCACGAACGAGCUGUUUGAGCGCAUCAACGUUGGUGCUGCCGAGCGUCCUAGCAAGCUGGAUCUGAACGUGAUCAAGGAGCGUAAGGUGAGCGAAUCGCUUGUCACUACCACCGAAAGUGUUUUGGACAGGAGUGAUGCCACCUCGAAACUGGACAACUAUAGCUUUACCAAUAUCUCCAACCGGUCAUCGAUGUCGUCGUCGUUCGUGCUGGAAUUGCCAAUCAAAACUAGUCUGCAGCAGGACAGCCCACUGCUUCCACCGAGCGUUGAUCUUUCCGCGGUGGUACCACCGGUCGAACCAACUAAGCAACCCAAGUAUCGCAUCGCUGACGCUCCAAGCACCCCUACGCCGCAGGAGGAACAGGGUCCUGAAAGUCCGGAGGACGUCGAACGGUACCUUGCCAAUCGGGUAAAGUUUCUCAAAGAGAAGUCCUUCUCGAUGGACGACCCGAUCAAGAUCGAGGAGCUACCACCCGAAGAUAUCACAAAGCGGUCCGCCUCGGAGGGCCUUGUAGCGGUGGACGCGAAUGCGCUCAAGAGUGACAAGAUGCUAGAGAUUAUCAAGGAGAACUCGCUAAUUCUCGGCCGGAUAGUACGGAAGGGGCGUGAUCAGGACGAACAGCGUACCGAUCGACUGAUUAAAGAGGACGCCUCGGAGAUGCUGAUCAAAACGAUUGAGCAGUUGCCAAGCUUGCAUCUGGACGAAGAAUCGCUAGAUAUCCGGAUUAGCCAUAGCGUAGAAGAAAUGUUGGAAAAAACGCAACCUGCAGACACCCGGCCUGCAGUCUCGCCGUAUAGGGUAAAGUUCGAGGAGGACAUACCGGUGCCUCCCGAGGAAACAGUCGUGAGUGACGAUAUCAAAUCCAAAACGGAUCUGCUGAUCCAACGAACUGAAGAGCAGCUAGCAAGGUUUGCACCACCCGAACCGACUUACUACGUUCGCAAGGAUAACUUCCGGGAAAUUAUAACGCCAGAGGAGGAAAAGGUGGAUCCUCUACCAAGAGAAGCACCAGAACCUGCUCCACCGACGACGAUGCCAGCGGUAACGAAACCAACAUCUCCACCACCUGCACCAAUACCCUUACCUGCACCGAAAUCACCUCCGGCAAACAUCACCCUGCCAGAGCCGGAGGUGGAACCGCUUAACCUUAGCUUUAACGCCAUCGAUACGAGGGCGGUGUCUUCCAAGACGGAGGAAUUGAUCAAGAAAACGGAGGAACAACUAGCGCGCUUUCGUACGCACGACAAGAAGCUGAUCGACAAGUUGGAAAAGCGGCUUUCGCUGAUCGACAUGAAACUAACCGACGAAAUGGCCACUCCCUCGGUGACUUCAGUGGCCUCGAGUAAGACGGAGGAGAUUCUGAAGAAAUCUGAGGAACAAAUCUCACGCCUGCUGGCACGAAAGUCGCCCACCCGGUUCAAACUGGACAGCGACCUCGCCGACCUGAAACCAAUCAGCCUGAAGACGGAGGAGUUGAUCAAGAAAACGGACGAACAGUUGGCCCGGUUCAAGGCGGCAGCGGAGAGUACGGCCGAGAAGCGCAAGAGCCGGCACGAGAUCGACGAGCUGCUAAAGCCGGCGGACGGUGGGGGUGAGAAAAUACUGAGCCGUUCGUGUGAGUCCAUCCGUAGCGAGUCGUUCACGGACAAGGACCCGGAGGAGGCUGGCAUCAUUCGGCACGCACAGGAAGAGAUCUUGCGUACGAUCCGGAUCCCGGAGGAGGUACGUACCUCGAAAACGGACGAACUUAUCAAAGGCAUCGAGGAUGGCAAGAUCAAGGUCGGUGACGACUACAUUACGACGAUCAAGACGAUCGACUACCUGAAGCGUUCGAAUGCGAACAUGCUAGCAACGCUAUCGUCGAUCGAAAGCUCGAUCAAAGCGAUCGACGGCUACUGCGAUUACGAAUCAGACAUUCAGUCGGAUCGCAUCAGCGAUACGAUCGACAAUCUGGAAAAAUCACUUAAGCAAUUCGAGAACCACAGCGUGACAACUUCGGCAGUCAGCAGCAGUACCACCUCGAGCGUCACCAGCACGGUGACGAAUUGCUGUACGACUGAACCACCGCUGGUGAUGGUCCACGACUAUUCCACCACGCACGAGGGACGCUGUCGGCCGACUUCCUGUAACCGACCGAGUAGGCCUCGCAAACGAAAGGAGUACUCGCCCCGCCGGCGGAAGGACAAAGAUCGCGAUGGAGACAAGAGUGGAAGUGUGCGGCCGCGCGGCAAGGACCACAGCAGCGACUACUCCUCGGACAAUCAGUCGCUCGAUCGCGAUCGCGAGUCACCCAAGACGUAUACGUACGCCUCGUACUACAGUCAUUCACCCCCCAUAUCUCCCCGGCUGGUGUCGCCGGCUCGAAAGCUUCCCGAACCAAACGUCCGGCCAACGACACUCAAGAGCACCUCACAUGAUCGCUACACACUGAACCUUCAGCGAGACAGCACUGGUCCGCUGACAAAGUUCGACAAGUCACCAUCAUCGCCGGUCAUCACCAAGGCCUACCUAGAGUCACUGAAGCCAGCUACGCCCGUCGCUUCCGGCCGCACAACCCGAUCGGCAGAAAACUCACCCCCGUACAACCCUGCUCAGCCGCAAAACCCCUCCCUAUCGCCAACGACUUCGGCCAGCAUCGUCGGCCGAUACCCGGGGUCGCUACGCAACGCCACCUACCACGACAGCGAGCCGCACUCGCACAUCAAAAGCUGCGAGAAUAUCCUGAUGCGGUUCGACUACGAGCGGAUCUCCGCCAUAGCGGCCAGCUUCCCGAUUAGCAGCGCCCUCUCACCGUCGCCCACGAAGUACAGCAGCCUUGACUUCCAGCAGGACACUGGGCUUAACCUUGGGCUGGCCGCGUCACCCAACAAAAAGUCUCUACACUAA